UCUUUCACUUGUUAAAACAAACAAACAAACAUGGAAUCCUUAAACAUCAAAUUAGAGAAAGCAAACGCUAUGCUAAGGUACAAGAAGCGUCAAAGAGUCACAACUUUGUUCCGUUUCAUCGAAUUCUGCAUAUUUUUCGCCAUAAUCUCAAGAUUUUCCACUCAAUUGCCACUCAAUUUCAAUCUCUCAACGGAUUAUUUCAAGGGACUUGGUGUCACCCUCAUUAGUCCUCGAUUCGUCUUUGUUCUUGGAAACAUAAUUGUCAUCAUCCUCUUCUUCAUAUCAGGACAGUCCUCUACUAAAGAUGAUGGUUUUAAAAUCGAUAUGUACGAUGAGUUAAAGCAAAAAUGUUCGAUGAACAAAGAGACUUAUUGUGAACAGAGCAAAAAACAGAGUAUUGCUUUAGAAGAGGCUUGUUGUGAACAGAGCAAAAAACAGAGGAAACUGUUGGAAAGGCGAUUAGAAAAGAAAAUCCAUCGUAGCCAUUCGGACAACUCUCUACCUUUAUCCCAUGAUGAGAAAAAACCUAGAAAAAAAUUGACACGGUCAGCUACAGUAAGAUCCCGGAAAGUUAUAAACACUGACAGUGUAAAACCAACAACCUCGUAUCCAGAAGACGAGAUGAGCAAUGAUGAAUUCAGGAAAACUGUUGAGAAUUUCAUUGCAAGACAACAAAAAUUUUUGAGGGACCAAGAGUUUUCAGCUGUUGUUUCUUAUGAAUCAUAGCUUUGCACUCUUCUACUAGACAGUCUAUCUUAAUGCAAGCAUCAAGGCUAUGUUUACGUUGAAAUAGAAUAAAAGAAAAAGGACAAAAGUAUAUACUUAUAUAUAUGUAUAGUACUCCUAGUUCUUAAGCCCUCCUCCAUGUAGCUUGAUGAAAGCCAUUGUGAGGUUUU